AUGAUCCAUGAUGUUGGCGUCUUUUCACCACAGCUGUCGUUGUCAAAUCGUUCUGAUUAUCCUCUCCGUAAUCUAAAAGAAGCUAGAAUUUUUAGGAUUUUCGGCGGUCUGAAGGACCAGCCUUCGAUGGUUCUUCGCCUUAGAUGCAUUAGUUUUGGCAUUUUAUCAGCUAUUUAUUGUCCAAAAUGCCAAAAGGUCCGUCAAAGUCGCCAUUGGAACGCUUGCUAUGCAUGUCGGUCCGUGGCAGCAUCGACAUCGACAGGUCAGAAAUGGAAGGAGAUGGUUUUCGAUGUGUUCAAGGAUGUGGUACAUUCCCUAGAAGGUGUUCCAUACCGUAAACCACGACGUCCCUUAUCGAAUUUGGAAAGGAUCCAAGAAUGCUGCCGAUGUCUUGUGCUUACCGAUGCCCAACUCCAUCAAAUGAUGAUCGCAUUGGAAAAAAGCAUGAAUCAAGGUCUUGCUAAAGAAACAGCUUCUACAGCCGCCGUUAAAAUGCUGCCAUCAUAUGUUCGAGCUGUACCGAAUGGAAAAGAAGUCGGAGAUUUUCUAGCUCUGGAUCUUGGUGGAACGAAUUUUCGAGUGUUGCUGAUUCGUCUAAAGGGAAGAGAAGCAGAAAUGAUUGGAAAAAUUUUCCGCGUACCGGAAAAUGUGAUGAGGGGUAGUGGGGAAGCGCUUUUUGACCAUAUUGCUGAUUGUAUGGCAAAGUUUAUGACAGAACAAGGUGUGAGCCACGCUGAGAAGCUGCCACUUGGGUUCACCUUUUCAUUUCCUUGCAAACAAGAAGGAUUAACCUGUGCGAAACUUAUCAACUGGACCAAAGGUUUUAGCGCCAGUGGAGUCGAAGGAGCAGAUGUCGUCACAAUGUUGAGAGAUGCAUGCAGAAGGAGAGAUGAUAUUGAUAUCGAUGUUGUUGCACUUCUUAACGAUACGGUCGGUACGCUGAUGGCAUGUGCUUUUAAGGAAAAUAGUUGCACGGUUGGCAUUAUCGUUGGAACGGGAACAAACGCUUGUUACAUGGAAAAACUAUCGCGUAUAGGAAAACUUGGGAACGAAUGUGACGGGGACGGUUUACCGGAUGAGAUGAUUAUUAACACGGAAUGGGGAGCGUUUGGCGAUGACGGUGCUCUAGAUGGGAUUCGCACACAAUACGAUAAACUUGUCGAUUUAAACAGUAUAAAUCCAGGGAGACAAUUAUUUGAGAAAAUGAUUUCUGGUAUGUAUAUGGGUGAAUUGGUUCGUGUAGUGCUGGAGGCGUUGGCAAAAGAAGCGCUGUUAUUUGAUGGUGAUUUUGAGGCAAUAUCUCAACGUGGAUGCUUCCCCACAAAAUACGUGUCGGAAAUUGAGAGUGAACUACUCGAACAAGAAGAUCGAACAUUCCAGAGAACGUGCCAAAUCCUUGAAGAUAUCGGUGUUGAGAAUGUUUCAAGCGCUGAUUGUGCUAAUGUGGCCUACGUAUGCAGUCUUAUAAGCACAAGAGCAGCUUAUAUGACAGCAGCAGGAAUUGCUACAUUGCUGAACCGUAUGCAACGACCUCAUGUUACGGUAGGCGUCGAUGGUUCCGUUUACCGUUUUCAUCCGUCCUUCCCACGUCUUCUAGACGAAAAAAUCGAUCAACUGAUAGAAGGCGACAUAGAGUACCAACUAAUGCUCUCCGAAGAUGGUAGUGGUCGUGGAGCGGCGCUAGUAGCGGCAGUGGCUACACGUAUGAAGAAGGAACAACUUGGCAAUAAUUAA